ACACAGCUGAUCAGUAAAUGAAAUUGAAAAUUAUUAAUUAAUUAAAAUUUAUAGUAUUUGGAAAUAUGACGGAAUUUAACUGGCCAUGGGAGUAUUCAUUUCCACCAUUUUUUACUAUACAACCAAAUGAGGAAACCCGUCAUCAGCAAAUUAAAGUUUGGUCGAAUUUGUUUUUAAAAUAUUUCAAACAUCAUAACAAAUUUACAGUAAAUGUAAAUGAAACUGCUCUGCCAUUAUUCAACAACGAAGAGAUUAAACGCCAUUUAUCGCCAGCAAGUGUUUUACUAAUUUUAGAGGAACUACAAAAGACAGGACAUGCAUCACCACAAGACAAGCGACGUGUAGAAUGGCUUGUUCAUUGGCAUACUCUGGAAGAAUAUUCUUAUAUGAUAUAUGAAUGGGCUCAGGAAUGUGGUCAAGUAAACACUGUUUGCACACUUUAUGAAAUAGCAAAUGGUGAAAAUUCAGAAAACACACCUUUUAGGAAUAUUGAUGAAACUGUGCUUAUAAAUGCCCUUCGCGUGUUAGAAGAAAAGGGUAAAUGCGAAUUAAUAUUAAUGGAGGAUAAUAAUGGUGUGAAGUUUUUCAAUUAAUAAGAAAGUGUAUAUAGUUUGAGGAAUAAUCGACGAAAGCAUAAUGUAUGUAAAGUUCUAUAUUUAAAUAUAUAAAAAGUAUUUCAUAAAUGUUUAGUGUAUAUUU